AUGUCAGAUAUAUUUGGUCAAGAUUUUAUGCACGAAUUGAAAAUUAGCAAACCAGCUCAAUUUGAAGAAUUGAUGAGUUUGUGGGAGAAGAAGAAAGUUAGCAUUGAAAACAUCUCUACUCAACAGUUUAUUCAAAUUGAUGGCCUUCUUAAAGAAUUCUUUACCACUCAUGCAGAUUUGACCAAUCAACUAGUCAAGACUCAUUUCAGACUUGGAAGAAUCAUUCUUACCACCAAUUGUCUAGAUAAAAUAUUCGAAGGCGUUCUCACUGAAAUUGAAAGUCAUGUCCAAAAAGAACUAAUUCAAAUGAGAGAUAAUUUUAACGAUUCCAGUAGGGAGUUCAACUAUAUAUUUGUAGUGGGUGGUUUUGGUGAAUCAAAGGUACUACAAAGUAGACUAACUCAAAAGUUCCAAAGUCCAAUUUGUAAAGUUGUGGUUCCUCCAAGCCCUGGUGGAGCUAUUGUAAAGGGAGCUGUCAUGCUUGGAAGAGAUCCAUCCUUAAUCGUUACCAGAAGAAUGAGAAGAAGUUAUGGAGUGACCUCUUACAAGAAAUUCAUUCCCAAUGUUCAUGAUGAAAAGAAAAAGAUUAAACUCAAAGGAAGAAAUGAGCCAUAUUGUAAAGAUUGCUUUGACAUUUAUGUUGAUGUGAAUGAUGAAGUUAGAUAUGAUCAGGUUGUUGUGAGAGAAUAUGGUGUAACCAGUGAGAGUCAAGAAUCAAUGAUUUUGGAAUUGUACCUGUCACCAAUUCCAAACACAAGAUUUGUCACUGAAAGUUUCGUAAAGAAAUGUGGUGAGAUUCUUAUUGACAUGAAGGGAACAAGAGGCAUGGACAGAAUUGUUCAAGUUGAAAUGUUCUUUGGUAAAAGUGCUAUUGAAAUACAUGCCAUUGACUUGACUUCUAAAAAGAGUUUUAAGGCAUCAGUUGACUUUGAAAGACAUUUGAUUAAUAAUGCACCUCCACCUGGUCCACAAAUUUCUUCAGAAGUUUUUCACUUUAUCUUUGUCAAUGACAAGUCAGGAUCAAUGGGAGGAUCAGAUGCAAGACCAACUUCCUCAAAGUACAGUAAUGACAGACUUGGAGCAUUAUUCGAAUCUUGUGAAAAGUUCUUAGAGGUUAGAGAUGGAUCAAGUGAUCUUGUUUCUUGUAUCAUGUAUGAUCAUUCUGCAUAUAAUUGCUUCACUACAAAUCCUCUUUCCACAAGUUUAGUCAGCACCAUGUCAUCCUACGUUGCUGGUGGUGGAACAAGCUUUACCAAUGCCAUGCAAUCAGUUUCGUCUUUAAUUUCGUCUACUUAUCCAAACCAUCAAUCAUACAAAAUUGUUGUCUUAUUCAUGUCUGAUGGUGAAGAUUCAGCAGAUGAGGCCGUUAGUAUUACUGGUCAACUAGUUUCAUCUCAUGAUAUUAUUCUUCAUACAAUUCAACUUGGUGGAUCAUCAGAUAAUACUGGUCUCAGACAAAUGGCAGCUACAGGAAGAGGUCAAUUCAAGAGAGCAAACGAUUCUGCUAGUUUAGCUGGAAUCUAUCAAGAAAUUGCUAAUCACCCAGUUGCAAACUAAUUUCGUCUACUUUCUUUUGUAAUAAAAAAUCAACUACAAGUUGUUUCUCC